CAGCAGUCAAGUAGGCGGACCACUUUCAGUCCCUCACACCACCAGAUACCAGUCUUGUUAAGCUUCUCUCUUGGGCAGACCACCAGAUCGUCUCUGCCAUGGCUCAGGCUACCCCCAAGCGCCAAAAGACGGACAAUGUCAAUAGGGAUUCAGAGUUCUUUACAGGUAUUGGGCCGGUUGAAUACAGACCAGACGCUGAACCAAGCGAGAGCUUGGUAUUCCGCCACUACAAUGCUAAUCAGGAGGUUUUGGGGAGAACUAUGGAGGACUGGCUUCGCUUCUCGGUUUGUUACUGGCACUCAUUUCGCGGCGUUGGAAGUGACCCAUUUGGGGGACCAACCAUUAAGCGACCGUGGGAUGACGGAUCUGACUCCCUUGACAACGCUAAGCGAAGGCUGCGUGCAGCCUUUGAGUUUUUUUCCAAACUUGGCAACAAGUACUGGACUUUCCAUGACCGUGACCUGGCACCUGAGGGGCUGACGUUCGCCGAGACCAAUGCCAACCUGGACGAGUUGGUGGACCUCGCAGCCGAGCUCAUGAAAAAGACGGGCGUGAAGCUACUGUGGGCAACCUGUAAUCUCUUUGCACAUCCGAGAUUCAUGCACGGCGCCGCUACCAGCUGCGAUGCGCACGUGACCAUGUACGCCGCCGCGCAGGUGAAGAAGGGACUGGAGGUGGCUAAGAGGCUCGGCGCCGAAAACUUUGUGUUUUGGGGAGGCCGUGAGGGCUACCACUCCCUCCUUAACACCGAUGUGAAGGCAGAGCUUGAUCACUUGGCGGCCUUUUACAGGAUGGUCAUUGCAUAUAAAGAAAAGAUUGGCUUCAGAGGACAAUUACUGAUCGAGCCCAAACCAAAGGAGCCUACCCGCCAUCAGUAUGAUUAUGAUGCUCAAACUGUAAUGGCAUUCCUGCACCAGUAUGGGCUUAGUAGCCACUUCAAGCUCAACAUUGAACCAAACCACACCACGCUGGCUGGCCAUCCGUAUGAACACGAUGUUGUCUUCUCCUCAGCGUUCGGCAUGCUCGGCAGCAUCGAUGCCAACACAGGGUCACCAGACCUCGGUUGGGACACAGACCAAUUUCCCAUGGACAUCCGCAGCUGCACAAUGGUUAUGAAAACAGUCCUAGAGCAGGGUGGUCUUGCUCCUGGAGGACUGAACUUCGACGCCAAGGUUCGUCGUGAAUCUACCGAUCUGAAGGAUCUCUUCGUUGCCCACACAUCGGCCAUGGACACCUUUGCUAGAGGACUUAAGAAUGCUGCCAGGAUAAUAUCCGAUGGCGUGCUUACCAAGUCUAUCAAUGCUCGCUACUUGUCCUGGACGUCUGGCCUUGGGGCUCGCGUGGCAGCGGGUGAGGCGACGUUGGAGGAGUGCGAGAAGGCUGUCAUGCAGCGCGGAGACCCCAAACCCAAGUCUGGCAGGCAGGAGUAUUUUGAAGCCAUUGUAAACUACUACAUCUGAACUUUUAUGAAAAUCUCCAACACAGAAUGCCGUCAUCUAUUGGAUUAAAAACAGUUGUUGCUCAACUUUCUUAUUAGUGUGAAAAGAAUUGUUCUUCAUUCAGCAUAUUUUUAAUCUAAAUUCAGCUUCAUUUACUGCCAUGUUUGUAAGGCUUUAAAAAAAUAAAAGUAGCAAAAGGGGAAAAA